AUGGACUCUCACAAAGUCCCAAGUGGGCCUGUUCUCGGACCGGCAACAGGCCCAAGACCUGUGGCCCAGCCUCAGUCACCAGAUGACCGCGAGCGAUUCGACCGCUCCUCUCCUUUCUCGGCAUCGCGAGCUCUGAUUCAAGAUCUGACGCUUCCUCCAGUUCCCAAUCUGGACAUUCCACCAUCUCCUCCUGGAUCUCCCAACCCCGUGGCGAAUGCCAAAUUCGAGCAUUUCCUGUCUCUCAAGGAGCAAGGCAUUCAUUUUAAUGCAAAGCUAGCCAACUCAUCAUCUCUCAAGAAUCCCAGUUUACUAAAGAAGAUGAUGGAACACGCGGGCAUUGACGAGCAAUCACAAUAUGAUACGACCUUGCCAGUAAACUUGUGGAGUACUUCCAACCUUCCCAAAUGGGGCUUCAAGGAAGAACUCUUGAGGGCCCAACAACAAUUGCGGCAGCAAAUGGAGGAUAAGAAGGCAUCUGGCCAGAGGUCCUCCAUUGGUUUUGUAUCCGCUUCGGAUACGAAGAAGAAAGCCAAUGUGUGA